AAUCUUUUUUAGUUGUUAAAAGUCCAGGUACUUUAGAUUGUAGCUUGGAUUGAAGAACAUAAGUCAAAUCUAAGGAUCAACAACACUCACUCUCUUCUUCCUUUUGGUGGGUUUUCUGAGAAUCGCAUGAUGGGAAGAUUAACGGAAAAGUUUCAGGCUUUUGUGAACAAUCGAUGGCUGGUUUUUGUGGCUGCAAUGUGGAUUCAAUCUUGUGCUGGGAUUGGGUAUAUAUUCGGUAGCAUAUCACCUGUGAUCAAGACUUCUUUGAAUUAUAACCAAAGGCAGCUUUCAAAGUUGGGAGUGGCCAAAGAUCUUGGAGACAGUGUUGGGUUCCUUGCUGGGAGAUUAUCUGAGAUACUGCCUCUAUGGGGUGCCUUGCUUGUUGGUGCUUUGCAGAACCUUAUUGGUUAUGGUUGGGUUUGGUUGAUUGCUACUGGAAGAGCUCCUGUUUUGCCUUUGUGGGCUAUGUGUAUCUUAAUAUUUGUGGGAAACAACGGUGAAACCUACUUCAAUACAGCUGCUCUGGUUUCUUGUGUGCAAAACUUCCCCAAAAGUAGGGGUCCGGUGGUCGGGAUACUCAAGGGCUUUGCUGGUUUGAGUGGUGCAAUUUUGACUCAGAUAUACACAAUGAUCAAUUUCCCGGAUCAAGCAUCUUUAAUAUUCAUGGUUGCUGUUGGGCCAGCAAUGGUAGUUGUUGCUCUAAUGUUCAUUAUCAGACCUGUUGGAGGUCACAGACAAGUCCGUCCCUCCGAUGGUUUGAGUUUUUCAUUUAUUUAUAGUGUGUGCCUCCUAUUGGCUGCUUACUUGAUGGGAGUCAUGCUUCUGGAAGAUCUUGUUAGCGUGAGCCACACUUUAGUAAUAGUUUUUACAGUGAUUUUAUUCUUUCUUCUUAUCAUUCCUAUUGUUAUUCCUAUUAUAUUGAGUGUCUCGGACGAGCCUGUCGGUCCAGUGGAAGAAGCUCUUCUACCAAAGCCAGAGCAACAAGAAGCCGGGAAAUCUGAACAGGGUGUUCAGGAACAGGAAGUGAUAUUCAGUGAGGUGGAAGAUGAGAAACCUCAAGAAGUAGACUUGCUUCCGGCAUCGGAAAGGCAAAAAAGAAUAGCUCAGUUGCAAGCAAAACUUUUCCAGGCCGCUGCUGAAGGAGCAGUAAGGGUGAAGAGAAGGAGAGGUCCUCAUAGAGGGGAGGACUUUACCAUGACGCAGGCUUUGAUCAAAGCAGACUUUUGGCUUAUCUUUUUCUCUCUUCUAUUAGGUUCAGGAUCAGGUUUGACUGUGAUAGAUAAUCUUGGUCAGAUGAGCCAGUCUCUGGGGUAUGAUAAUACUCAUAUAUUUGUAUCCAUGAUUAGCAUUUGGAACUUUCUCGGUCGUGUUGGUGGGGGUUACUUCUCGGAGAUUGUAGUGAGGGAUCAUGCUUAUCCAAGGCCCAUAGCCAUCGCUGUUGCUCAGCUUGUUAUGGCUGUUGGCCAUGUCUUCUUUGCUAUGGGAUGGCCUGGAGCAAUGUACAUUGGUACUUUGUUGAUAGGGCUUGGCUACGGUGCCCAUUGGGCAAUCGUGCCAGCUGCCGCCUCCGAGUUGUUUGGCUUGAAAAAGUUUGGGGCUUUAUACAAUUUCCUCACGCUGGCAAAUCCUGCAGGUUCACUUGUCUUCUCAGGUAUAAUUGCUAGCAGUAUUUACGACCGUGAAGCGGAGAAGCAAGCUCAUCAACAUAAUGUCCAGUCGCAGAUUUCAGGCUUAAGUUUUUCAGGGUUGUUUGGUCAGGAUGAACCACUUAAGUGUGAAGGUUCUAUAUGCUUCUUUCUUACUUCCAUGAUCAUGUCAGGAUUUUGUAUCGUUGCAGCUGUUUUAAGCGUAAUACUUGUGUACCGUACGAAGACCGUUUACGCCAACCUUUAUGGAAAGUCUCGCACUUGAGUUCAAGAAUGCUAUCUGAGAGGGUCUCUCAAGGAUAUUUCAUCGAUUUUAAGUGAGAUUUCUUUUUCGUGAAAACCGAGAUUGUGUUGAGUUUUCACUAAGUUUGUGAUAACAGUGUUGUUGUAAAGAUGGUAGUGGGGGAAUCUGGUUCAAUGAUACCAUUUACCUGUGAAAGAUUCUGCCUUGAAUGUUCAAGUGGUGUAAUUCAGUUGUUUGUACUCUGUUUGAUUUUGAUGAUGCAUGUUAUUACCACUUUUUAACCCCUGGAGGU